AUGAGAGAUGAAAAUUCCAAGCAGCUCUCGUGGUCUAAGAAACUGUUGAGAAAAUUGUUUAAUCUGAAGAGCAAAAGAGAUGAAUUUCAAGAUGAUGAAGGUGUUGGUUAUGGAGGUGGUGAUAUGGAAUGGAGAAACAGCUCUGAGAGAGAACCAUCUACGGUCAAGAAAAUCAGAACAGAAAAACCAGCAAAGAACAUGGAGCGUUCUUUUUCCCGAUCACGUUCUCGUUCGAGACGGGGCCGGGCUUACCUCGAUCACCCUCAGAUUAUAAAUAUACAAAAUUAUAGCCUCUUUGUAUCAACAUGGAACGUGGGAGGAAAAUCACCGUCGGCCAAUAUGAAGCUAGAUGACUGGCUACACUCUGCACCCCCUGCAGACAUAUAUGUGCUCGGAUUUCAAGAAAUCGUUCCUCUGAAUGCUGGUAACAUCCUGGUGGCCGAGGACAAUGGGCCCGCAAAAAAAUGGCUCUCCCUAAUUAAGAGGACGCUAAACAAUGCCUCGGGCACUAGUGGGACCAGCGGCCGCUACACCCCGUCUCCCAUUCCGAACCCAGUUGCUGAGUGGGAUGCGGACUUUGCGGGCCCCACGAACCGUAAAGCCACGACCUUCAUUCCCCGUCGCUCGUUUCAGACCCCACAGCACUGGCGAGUGGAAAACGAUCUUUCUGCACCACAUCAGCCACGGCUUGAAAGGCGGUUCAGUGUGUGCGACCGGGUCAUGUUCGGCCGUAGGCCCAGCGAUGCAGAAUCGGGCUCAAGGUCGGGCUCCCACUACAGGCCCAGCGACUGCUCAUCUGCAGCCCGUGCAAGUGACUACUCAUCUGGGCCACGCACGAGCGACUACUCGUCAAGCCGGAGACCGAGCGACUGCUCAUGGGGCCAGAGGACAAGUGACUUCUCGAGAUGGGGCUCGGAAGAGGAGUACUACUGUCCCCCUGGAGACUGGUCGCCCAGCACGGUAUUGUACUCGCCUGGGGAGGACGGGUCAGGUUUCUUUGGAGCCGGUGGGCACUCAGGGUACUCGCUGGUCGCGCGUAAGCAGAUGGUCGGGAUAUUUCUCACGGUUUGGGUCCGGAAUGAGUUGACGGAGCACGUGAAAAACAUAAAGGUCUCGUGCGUCGGUAGAGGGCUCAUGGGCUACCUUGGCAAUAAGGGAUCCAUUUCGAUAAGCAUGGUAUUGCAUCAGACCAGUCUUUGUUUUGUGUGCACUCACUUAACUUCUGGUCAGAAGGAAGGUGAUGAGCUACGUAGGAAUGCCGAUUUUAUCGAGAUCCUAAGGAAGACGAGAUUCCCACGAGUUAACAGCAGCAGUAGUGAGAAAUCGCCGGAGACGAUUCUCGAGCAUGAUCGCAUUAUUUGGCUUGGGGAUUUGAAUUAUCGAAUAGCUCUGCCCUACCGCUCGGCCAAAGCACUCAUUGAAAUGCAAAACUGGAGACAAUUACUCGAAAAGGACCAACUGCGGAUAGAGCAGAGGCGUGGCCGGGUUUUCGAUGGAUGGAAAGAAGGGAAAAUCUAUUUCCCUCCCACUUAUAAAUAUUCGCACAACUCAGACAGAUAUGCAGGUGAUGAUAUGCAUCCGAAAGAGAAACGAAGAACGCCUGCAUGGUGUGAUAGAAUUUUGUGGUACGGGAAUGGGCUACAGCAGUUAUCGUACAUCCGUGGGGAAUGUAGGUUUUCGGAUCAUAGACCAGUUUCUAGUGUGUUUUGGGCCGAAAUAGAGUCGGCCCCCAACAGGUUGAGAAAAAGUAUGAGCUGCUCCGGGUCAAGGAUUGAGGUCGACGAGCUGUUGCCUUACUCACAUGCUUAUACUGAACUAUGCUUCUUUUAA